CAGGUGUGAUAAUUAGAAGGUUGCAGCAAUGUUCACACAAUGGUGCUGCAUCCAUUUGUUAGCAGGAGACCACAGUCUGCAGGACGGGGUGUUUGAUGUGGUGUGUCUGAUUCUUAAGUUAAUCAUGGCUUCAGUUAGAGUUGCUGUCCGAGUCAGGCCACUGAACAAAAGAGAAAAAAAGCGAUCAUCAAAAGUGGUUAUUCAGAUGAAAGGGGGCGCUACAUCUAUUCAGAAGCCUUCAGCUCCUCAAGGGGACAAGCAGAAGAACGCAGUGAAGACCUUCACGUAUGACUUCUCCUAUGAUUCAAGUGACAGGAGAAGCCCUAUAUUUGCAUCACAGGAGAAGAUUUACUGUGACUUGGGAUUGGAUGUCCUGAAAGCUGCCUUUGAGGGUUUCAAUGUUUGUGUGUUCGCCUACGGCCAGACAGGCUCAGGAAAAUCUUACACCAUGAUGGGUAACCCGGAAGAUAAAGGAUUGAUCCCACGCAUCUGUGAAGGCCUGUUCUGUGAGAUGUUUCAAAGGAGCACAAAUGACGCCGUGUCCUUCCACACCGAGGUCAGUUAUUUGGAGAUCUAUAACGAACGAGUCCUGGACCUGCUGCAGAGCAGAUCUGCGCCCACAGACGGUGGAGGCCUGAAAGUGAGAGAGCACCCACAGGAUGGACCCUACGUAGAAAAUCUGUCCAAGCACGUGGUUAACAACCACAGUGACAUGGAGUGCUUGAUCAAUCUGGGCAACGCCAGCCGCACCACAGCCAGCACGGGUAUGAACGACUGCAGCAGCCGCUCCCACGCCAUCUUCACCAUCAGCUUCACACAGGCGUGGUUUGAGUCAGAGCUGCCUCGCGAGACGCUGAGUAAGAUCCACCUGGUGGACCUGGCCGGCAGUGAGAGAGCGGACGCCACGGGCACGAAGGGAAGCAGACUGAAGGAAGGAGCAAACAUCAACAAAUCUCUGGUGACGCUGGGCUCUGUGAUCUCAGCUCUGGCUGACCUCAGCCGGGGAGGACAGUCAUCGAAAAAGAAGAAGCAGAUCUUUAUUCCUUACAGAGACUCUGUGCUGACCUGGCUGCUCAAAGACAGCCUGGGAGGAAACUCUGUGACCACAAUGAUAGCAACGGUCUCUCCUGCUGACCUGAACUACGUGGAGACUCUGGGAACUCUGCGCUACGCCAGCCGAGCCAAAAACAUCGUCAACUCUCCCGUGGUGAACGAAGACGACAGCGCUAAGCUGAUCAGAGAGCUGCAGGAGGAGCUGACCAGACUCCAAACACUACUUGGAGAAGCCAGCCAGGUCCCCCGUGGGGAGCUGUCUCCUUCUGUGAAGACGGAGGAGGAGGAGCUGACUCAGAAUGAAGAGGAGGUUGGAGCGCUGACCAGGGAGUGGACCCACAAAUGGAGCGAGACUCAGAGUGUUCUGCAGGAGGAGGCCGUGGCUCUGAGGAAGGAGGGGGGCGGAGUGGUCCUGGACUGCAUGUUACCUCACCUGAUAGGCAUGGAUGAAGACCUGCUCUGCAGAGGAAUCAUCCUCUAUUAUCUGAAAGAGGGCAGGACCCUGAUCGGGAGUGACGAAGCAUCAUGCAGUCAGGGUGUGGUGCUUCAUGGUCCUGGGCUCCUCGGUGAACACUGUGUGUUUGAGCACCGUGCUGGGACCGUGACUCUGAUCCCUCAGGAUGGUGCUCUGUGCUCAGUCGAUGGAUCUGUGGUCACGGAUCCCUGCCAGCUGACUCAGGGCGCCGUCAUACAUCUGGGAAGAGGAACCAAACUGAGGUUUAACCAUCCAGGCGAAGCUGCCCAGAUCAGAGAGACCCCUCAGAGUGAGCCGCUGUCUCCCUUCAGCCUGUCCCUGACUGACACGUCCAAAUCCUCUGAGAACCAGUCCAAGAUGAUCCCACAGGAUCCAGGAAGCAUGGAAGAGAAGCUCAACCAGCAGGAGGUGGGAUGGAAGCAGGUCCAAGAAAGCCUGAACAGACGCACCCGGGACUUCAAAAGACUUUCAAAGGAAAACAGUGGGGCUCCCCAUCAACAGCGAGCGGAGCAGAAGACAACGGGGGCAGAGAUGGAAGAUCCUGGCACUCUACACAUGGAUUUACUUUCUGCACAAACAGCUGAGUCCAGAGUGCCGAGGAGGCGUGUCACCUGCAGGCCCACGACCCCGGCCAUACCUGGGAAACAUCCCGUCCCUCACAUCACUGCUCAGGUAGACAGAAACUUGCUGCAGGGUUGGGUAAGCACCAGGGAAGGCCAGGAGCAGGAGAGGGGCUCGUCACAUAAAUCAGGUCUGGGGCUGGUGUCUGCGUGGCUGUGGAGGAAGGCUCGGAGCGUGGCUGGAGAUGCAGGUUAUAAGAGGGAGGAGGUUUGGUCAGGGGAUGCCAGCCUCCAGCAGACAAGUGUCCUGGGCCUGGGUGAUGGAUGCGGCAUGAAGCCAGAGGGGAAUGCUAACGAGAUCCAAGGUGUCGUGGCUGACGGCUACAAGGGGAGACCUGGCUCUGGUGGGAGCUCAUUAGGCAGCGUGUCCCACCUGCAGAGAGGAAGAAGUAGCUCCACGUCUGUCCUCCCACAGACCGGCGCUCAUUCUCAGCUCAGCGAAAAGCUCCUCGGCACUCAGGCAGCCUGCUGUCCACAAGAGGAAUCCACCUUCAAGGGCCAGAGUGGCUGCAGAGAGAUGGAUGAAUGUGGAGGUUUGGAGGAGUUCCAGGGAGACGCUGGGAUGGAGACUGCAGCACAUCAGAAGUCAGGGCUCAGCUCUUUGGUCAGCAGAGUCUCUUGGAUCGUCCAAGAUGCAGGGCGCCUUCUUUGGAGCUCUCCCUCUGUACUCCAGCAAGUCAGGAAAGAUGGACUGCAGCCUUUACGGGCCUCUUUGUCCAGUCAGGUUGCCUCUCUGUUCAAGGAAAGUAAUGUUCUGUCAGCGGUGAAGGACAGUCCAGUCCUCACCACGUUUAAAGGGAGCUUUGUCUUCUCUCUCUUCAAGGAUAGUCACAUCUUCUCCCUGGUGAAAGAGCUGCCUCUCAUUCAGCACGUCCAGGUGGAGAUCACUCAGAACCUCCAGUCUGAGGAGGCGGCUUGGAUUAUUCAGGAGUGCAUUCAAUCAGAGUACAAACAAAUCCCUGUCCUGACACAAACACAAAGUGUUAGCACAGUGGAAGAACUGCAGAAUGACGUACCACUGAUCCUGGAGGAUAUCACGUACCUGCGGUCAGUAAAGAUGCAGAAACAGGCUCAUGUUGAAGAAGAAGAAAAUGUGACAAAUCCACCUCCUGAAAAUAAAGAUCAGACUUUAAAGAAGUUUAGGAGUGCACCAGACAUAAAGGAUGUCAAGAUCUGUACUCAGACUUUGAUCCCGCUCCCUGCCUCCCUUUCAAACCUGCAGACCCAGCCGUUAGAGGACUUACUGCAUUCACUAGAGUCCAUCGUCUCCACCUCGGUGCUCACCUCUCAGAAAACUCUCGCCCUCUUCUGGGUGAACGCUGCUACAUGUGUCCAUCCUGAGCCCCGUCCUGCCCUCCUGAUCCUGGUGGAGACCGGUCUCUACACCCUGACGGACGACUCCGGGCUCCUGGUUCUGUUCCAUCACCUCCCUCUGCUGCAGCUGCAGGAGGUGCACAUGGGCUUUGCAGGAUCCAGUCUGCGUUUGAUGGGCGCUACGGAGGACAGCAUCCUGGGGGUCUACACCCACAGCCAGACCCUCAGCAAAGAGCUCUGCUCGGCCAUGCUUGGUGUCAUCUGUCCUGAGGACGAGCGGGUUUCUCGUCACCCUCUUCUGCACGGAGACUUGAUGAAGAUGUCUUUAGGGUGGCAGGACUUUGUACCCGACCUGCUGCUGGAUGCUGGGUUGAGAGUCUGCAGCCAGUUCCAGAGGAGUCUCGCGGAUCUUGUUUACCUUCUUCAUUGUAACAUGGAUGGAGAGACGGUGACACUGGGAGAGGUGCAGAUCCUGCUGUUCACAGGUGUAGGGGUGUGUACAGGAGGAUGUCAUCAGACUCUGGCUCAGUUCCUUCUCACUGAUACCCACCUCGGCCUGGUGCAGGAGGACGCCGUCUUUCACCCUCUUCCACGCUCCGUCACCAUAACACCCUGCCAUCCCCAAUUCCACAACUUAACCCUUCGCCGGCGCUCAGAUGUGCGCUGCGUGCUGAUGCAUGGUGAAGACAAUCACGGGGCUGUCACACUGGAUGUAAUCCUGGCGAAUGUGAGGGGCAGGGGUCACCCUGAAAGCGCGACUGAGGCGGCGACCCCGCCCGUGCUCGCUUCAAAUUCCUCUCCGCAUGCAGAAAUGUGGAAAUUAACUUUCAGCUGCUCCUCCGAGGCCGCCUGCCUGAUUAAUCACUUGUCAAACGUCUGAUCAAGGAUUGAACAGCCAGUAAUGAACCUUACUCACAGGGAGCAGCGGUGAGAGCGCCGCCCGACAGGACGGUGGGAAGGACGGCGUGAAUGACGGAGAAAACUUUGACCCAGUUUGGAGUUUGUCAUUUUAAAUUUGCACGGCGUCGCACUUUUUAUACUUGAACCUUCUUCUUCUUUGUUAAUGUUAAUUUUGUUCUUUAACCACUACGUCCACUUUAGCACCGGGAUGUCUGAAUUUACAAGUUAAGUCAAAGUUUUAAACAUUUGGGUGUUAAUGUUAAGAUUGUUUCUGUUUCAUGUGUAUUAUCAUUUUUAAAAAAGAUUAAUGUUUAUAAAUGUGACUAAAUGACCUCACUAUCAUUGUGAAUAAGUUGUAUCUUUUAUAUAAAUGUGUUCUCACUGUGAGAUAUUUUAU